AGAUCAGCGGAGGGAGCCUCAGGCCCCGCCCCACCCGAGCCCCGCCUCCACUGCCCUCUCCCAGGUGGACCGGGCCACUUCCGGGACGCCGCGCGUCACUAAGCAGCAGAUUCCCCACUUCCGUUCGCGUCCCUCCUUGCGCGGUCCCUUUGGUGGAGACCGUGAGUCCCGCCGAGAUUUCCGCGCGUUUGAUUGGUGGAGCCAGAGUGCUGGUCUCCGCCGAUUGGUGCCAGGGAAGUCUGCCCCAUAGACGCCCGCGAGCCGCUGUUUCACUCCGCCGCAGGUUUCCCGCCGGCCGCCCAUCUCCGUCUGCGAUGAUGGUGGAGGUGAUGGAGUUGCCUAAGUCGCGUAUCAACGCCAGCAUGCUAGCGCAGUCCAUCGACCGGCCCGUCUGCUUCGUAGGGAGGCUGGAAAAGAUUCAUCCCACUGGAAAAAUGUUUAUUCUUUCAGAUGGAGAAGGGAAAAGUGCAACCAUUGAGUUGAUGGAGCCUCUUGAUGAAGAAAUCUCUGGAAUUGUGGAAGUAGUUGGAAGAGUAACAGCCAAGGCAACCAUUAUGUGCUCAUCUUAUGUCCAGUUUAAAGAAGAUAACCAUCCUUUUGAUCUUGGACUUUACAAUGAAGCUGUGAAAAUUAUCCAUGAGUUCCCUCAGUUUUUUCCUUUGGGGGUUAUGCAAUAUGAUUGAUCUCGAUUGCAAAUGAGCUGCAUUGAAGACUAUUAAAGGAGAUCCCUGAUA